AUGAAUGACACACUGAAGGACGAAGUGCCCAUCGACUAUAUUGAGCUGCUGGACGUACGAAAGAUAAAAUCAUGGACCAAGGAGCUGCCCCCUCUCGAUGAGAACGAGGCCGCCAUGCCCUCUCUAGAUGUUUGUCAACUCUCCCUUUGA